AUGAGUUUGUCAACAACGUCUCUGAAGAUUGUGCGAAUCAGUUCGCUCCAGGAAGCCUACAAACUCGUCAACCUGGCUUGCGAAUGCUUCGCAGACGAUCCCCUCUACGCUCUUGUCCUACCAAAGCGCUUUGAACACCCUGAGUGCUUCCGAGAAGCUUGGCAAACGAACUUCCGCGAAGAGUAUGGAAAGCCAGGUUCUGUCAUACUUGCAGCGAGAAGAGAAAGUGAUGGCGAGUUUGUUGCUUUUGCUGUUUGGGCUCGUUAUGGAUCGAGCUAUCUCGCUCAGAGCUGGCAAGGAGAUACUUGGGAUAAGAAGCUUAUGAGACUCAAGACGACGAUGGGCAAUUUCUACGAAACUAUCACUGGCGGUCCCGAUACCAACUUAGUAUCGACAGAUGCCUUACAGUACUUGGCCACCGGCGCAAAGGUAGCAGAGAGCUAUUACCCCGAGGAGCGUUGGGGUCUAUCGUGGCUAGGCGUUUCUCCCAAAUGUCAAAGGACCGGUAUUGGACGGCGUCUGGCGCAAUGGGGUAUCGAUCGAGCUGAAGAGGAAAGGGUACCAGCAGUACUUGUGUCUAGCAAUUCAGGCAGGCCGCUUUAUGAAAAGCUGGGGUUUAAGGAGAUUGGUCAAGCUACUUUCGACAAGGAGGGUAAUGCGCAGCCUGUGAUGUUGAGGCCGGUGGAUGAUGAGGCAGAUAACGCGGAGGGGGGAGGGCAGUGA